AAAUAGGCAUCAGCAAUUUCCAAAGAAUCAACAAAUCCACAAUUUGUGACAAAUGACAUAGUCUCCCUCUAAAAAACACUGUCCCUUUUUUUCUUGAGGUUUUCUUUGUUGAUCUGGCUCAGUUCCGCCAAAGCCUUGAACCCCGCAAUUAGCAACUGUUGUUAGGCAGGCAACCGCCAUGCUGUCCAUUUUGAGGAAGGCAAGGUUGAAGGACAAGGAGCUGCGCAUUUUGAUGCUUGGUCUUGACAAUGCGGGCAAAACCACCAUUGUCAAAAAGAUCAUGGGCGAGGAUAUCAACACCGUCAGCCCCACCCUUGGCUUCAUCAUCAAGACGAUUGACUAUGAAGGAUACAAGUUAAAUAUUUGGGAUGUCGGCGGUCAAAAGACUCUUCGUUCGUACUGGCGCAAUUAUUUCGAAAAGACCGACGCCUUGAUUUGGGUGGUUGAUGCCACAGAUCGACUGCGCAUUGCCGACUGCAGAGAGGAAUUGCAUGGGCUCCUUCAGGAAGAGCGACUUUCAGGGGCAAGUCUGCUUGUGUUUGCAAAUAAGACAGAUGUUGAAGGGUGCAUGACGGCAGAGGAGCUUAAAGAUGGACUGAACCUUGAUGAAAUUCGAACACAUCAGUGGAAUAUUCUGAGAUGUAGCGCUGUCACGGGACAAAACCUGAAAGAAGGUCUGGCUUGGGUUGUGGACGACGCCAAAGCCCGGUUGUUUCUUUACUAAACUCCCCACACAUCAUAGAUCUUGAUUUUCGGCAAGAAUACGGUUCAAAAAUCCAACAAUCAACAUUUAUUCUACCGA